AUGACAGAUCUAAAAAGUGUCCGACUAACUUGCAAAACGUGGAACGCCUUAUCUAAAGACAGCAGCUUCACAACAAAGCACCUUGCUCGUCAAGCAAAAUUAGCAGCAGCAAAUGACGAGUUUCUGUUGGUCUUGAUGAUGGAUUACGAGAUUCUUUUGGUCAGCGUCAAUUUUGACGAGAACGCCGACGCGUUCAUGCGUGAAGUAGGCGCACUUAUUAACCUAGACGGUUCAGAUCAAAUCGAUAUAUGCGAAGUCUUUCACUGCAACGGUUUAUUAUUAUGCAUCUCUGAUGACAACACUAGGCUACUCGUUUGGAACCCUUAUUGGGGACAGAGCCAGUGGAUCAACCCCAUACAUAACUCCGACAGGUUGAACAGGUAUAUGUAUGCUCUGGGAUACGACAAGAGCACCAACUCCCACAAAAUCUUGAGCUUUGUCGAUUACACAAUCUUGAACCAUUUUGAUUACGAUGCUCCUCCUACCGCUGUUACUUUCGCUGAGUACAACUGGAUUCUAGAUUAUGACCGUCACGUCUCUAUCGAAGGAAACACGUACUGGUUUGCUAAAAACAAGGCUUCAAGAGAAGAAGGUUGUUGUUUACUCUGUUUUGAUUUCACAAGAGAAAUAUUUGGGGCCCCUUUGCCUCUGCCGCCGUUUCUAUGGGAUACUAAAAGUACUCUCUCUCUAUCUAGUGUUAGAGACGAGCAGGUUGCGAUUUUGUUUCAGAGGUUGGGUACAUUGAUGGAGAUUUGGGUUACGACUAAGAUUGAGCCCGACACGGUCUUGUGGAGUAGCAAGGUGUUCUUAGACGUGAACAUCACUAACUUUCAUUUUCCGUUUACACAUGCGAGUUUCUUCAUUGACGUGGAGAAGAAACUUGCUGUUGUUUUUAGUAAAGACAAAGAAGGUUUGAUGGAUCUGAUAGAAUUUUGUAAUUCGAAAGUGAUAAACUGA